AUCGGGUAGGUAGGAAGGGAGUCCUCUUCGUCCCUUGUUUCUUUGUCCUCUGAGAUCUCCUUGAUGGCGAAGUUGUUCUGGUUGGAAGCCGUUCUUCCGCUAGGAAUCAUCGCUGGGAUGCUCUGCGUGAUGGGCAACGCGCAAUACUUCAUCCAUAGAGCCGCCCACGGGAGGCCGAAGCAUAUUGGUAAUGAUGUGUGGGAUGUGGCGAUGGAGAGGAGGGACAAGAAGCUCAUGGAUCAGUACUCUGGUGCUGCGAAUUAGGAAGUGAUCAUGCAUGAGAUACUCAUCCCUGCGGCAAAUUUGCAUUUGAGAAUAAAAGAUCUUUAUGCUGUUGGACCCUUACGUUUGGUGUUUUGUUUUACAGCUGGCCAAUUCCAGAACCCAUGUCAAGUUCGAAAUCAGAAACUUUGAUCAAUAAUUUGGAGAGUUGAUCAAUAUGCAAUGUUGACUUAACAGAUCAAAGAUGAUUAAUUUUGCGAUCUCUAUCAUGUGUGGAUCCAGGUAUAUCACUAGUCAAAAACCAAGUUUCUCGAGGAUCAUUCAAGUCUUCUGUGCAGCUUUUGAAACUGGUACUGUGUUCAAUUUCACGCCUGUUCUAAUGAUCUGUGAUGAGAUCUUAAACGUAGUUGGAAAUGUUCUGCAGAAUAUAGGGGUUUGCAUUUGUUCGAAGCUGGAGAUAUGUGGAUUAUUAUUUUGAGAUGCAACCGAUUAGCAUUCUUCAGUGACCAAAAGUCAUCAAAUGCAGCAUGUUUUGCUGGGUAUUGAAUUCUUCUCUGUUCUUUUUUUGCGUUCUUUGAUCUUUUGAUACAUAUAGUAACGUGCAACUUUAUUAUUGACAUUUUAUUUUAUUUAAUAUUCGAGAUUUUACUUAUCUA